CUAACCAAUCAUAUUUGGGUCAACCAAUAAAAAUAAGGAUAUUUUGAUAUAAACAAUGUAAUAUACUGUAAUUUCCAUUCCUAAACUUUAAUCAUCACCAUUAUUCCUCAUAGAUAGUACUAUCCAAUAAUCUCCAUGACGACAAAGAGUGAGAUUAAGCUUAUAGGCAAAUGGUCAAGUCCUUAUGUGGCAAGGGUGAAGAUUGCCCUUAACAUCAAAUCACUUGAAUAUGAAAAUUUUGAAGAGAAUGAAACCUUUAACCCCAAAAGUGAUCUUCUAGUUCAAUCCAACCCUGUUUAUGGCAAAGUCCCAGUUCUCAUUCACCAAAAUAAACCCAUUUGUGAGUCUCUUAUCAUUGUUGAAUACAUAGAUGAAACUUGGUCAACUUCUCCUUCUAUACUUCCCUCUGAUUCUUAUGAUAGAUCACUUGCUUUAUUCUGGGCUGCUUAUAUAGAUCAAAAGUGGUUUCCUCCUAUGCAAAGCAUAAUUACUGUUGAAGGAGAGGAGGAAAGGAAGCCAUAUUUUGAGGUAAUGGAAGAAGUGGUUGAGAAGAUGGAGGAAGCUUUUGGAAAAUGCAGCAAAGGAAAGCCAUUUUUUGGUGGGGAUAAGAUUGGUUAUCUUGAUAUUGCAUUUGGAAGCUUUUUGGGAUGGCUUAGUGUGAUAGAGCAUGAUUAUGAAAGGAAAGUUUUGGUUGAAGAAAAGGCUCCUAAUUUGGUGAAAUGGGCUGAGAGAUUUGUUGUUGAUCCUGCUGUCAAGGGACUUAUACCUGAGACUGAGAGACUUGUUAAACUUUCCAAAGCUCUUCAGAUCAAAUGGAGAGCUGCUGUUGGUAAGAUAUAGAAUUUGGAAGUGGGAGAAUGGAGAUGUUUGUCUAAAUAUGAUGAACUUGUUGAAAAAAAUAAAAUAAAAUAAAACCAAACUAUUUUAACAGGUCGGUUCAGUUCAUAAAACAAACAAUUUGGUUCGAUUACUAUGAAUUUUGAAAACAGUUCUGUUUGGUUUUCCUCUCAAACCGAACCAUGCCCACCCCCUAGCAGUGACUAUAAAUAUCGAGGAAUGAAUUCUCUACGGUCAAAUAAUGAUUGCAAGAUAAUAUCAAAUAUCGGAUUUGAAUAAAUGGUAGUAUAUGCCAACAAAGCCAUCCCACAAUCUGUAUCCUAUUACAAAUGUUUGAUAUAAUGAAGAACACAUAAGUUAACAAA